AUGUCUUUGGUUGGUAAAUUUCCGGAUCAUUUGAUCGAUUUGAUUAAGACUUCGAAGUACGUCCAUGUGGCUACAGCCUCCAAGGAUGGUAUGCCUUCAGUCUCGCUGAUGAAUUACAUAUACGUUCCUAGCAGUAAGACGUACAUCUCUAGUGAUCGUUCAAGUGACUACAUUAUCUUUGCCACUUUGGAUAAUACUGAGAAAUACGCUAAUAUCUUGGUCAACCCUAUGGUGUCACUGCUGUUCCACGAUUGGGUGACAGCAAAGAACCUUUCGGUACGGAAGCACAGUGUAUCUCAAACCCCUACGCCCGAACCAUCUCAUGCUACGACCACUGGUGUUCCCGAGUCAAGCAAGCUGCUGAACCUGCUGCAGGAGCUGAACCAGGCGGAAUUGUUCCAGAUGAGCGCUACCAUCAGAGGACAUGGCACCAUAAUUGAUCCCAGCAGCGACGAGUCUAAGCAUUACAAAGAUCUGCUGCUCAGAGCAAACCCUGAUGCGCAUGUGUUUAUUCAAAGCGACAAGACGGUUAUCGUCAAGGUCAAGAUUGAAAGCGCCAAGGUCACGGAUAAUGAGAACAAUACGAGUAUCUACAAAUAA